AUGGAUCGGAAAGANCUCCGAACGAAUAUGACACUCACCACACUUGACCUCAGUGGGAACAGAAUCGGUGCUGAAGGAGCACAACACAUUGCUAAUGCACUCCGAACGAAUACGACACUCACGACACUCAACCUCAGUGGGAACCUAAUCGGUGCUGAAGGAGCACAACAUAUUGCUAAUGCGCUGCGAACGAAUACGACACUCACCACACUUGACCUCACUCGUAACCGAAUCGGUGAUGAAGGAGCACAACAUAUUGCUAAUGCGCUGCGAACGAAUACGACACUCACGACACUCAACGUCAGUGGGAACCUAAUCGGUGCUGAAGGAGCACAACAUUUUGCGGGUGCCCUGCGAACGAAUACGACACUCACCACACUUGACCUCAUUGAGAACCAAAUCGGUGAUGAAGGAGCACAACACAUUGCGGAUGCGUUGCGAACGAACGCAACACUCACCACACUUCACCUCAUUGAGAACCGAAUCGGUGAUGAAAUGGCUCAACGUAUUGCAGAUGCAUUGGGAAGGAAUAUAAGCGCCAAGAUGGUAUAG